AUGGUGGUAGAGGAGAAGGUGGUGGUGAAGGAGGAGGUAGUGGAGGUGGUGGAGGAGGUGGAGGAGGAGGUGGUGGAGGAGAUCUUAUUCAAGCCAGAGCAGCCCUCUCCAAGAAAUAGAAUGGCAAUUUCCGGCAGUGACCACUCUGUUCUCUGCUUCUCCCCUGUGUCCUCUGCUGCUGCCUGCACCAACCCUGCUGAUGCCUUCUGGCAGAUUGGGUCACACUGGCUCUUCUAUGUUGGAGACUCACUCUGCCGUGCCAUGAACCUGGAAGAAGUUCUGGGCUCUGAGGGCUCCUUCUGGCACGUUGCGGACAGUGACAGGUGUCGUGCCAAGUCAAGGAAGCGCGCCCGCUGGACUCUGGCACCUGCUGCUGACCAUUCUGAGCGUGCAAUCCCUAAGCAUCUGAAAACGGUACGAGUUGAUGAAGGUGCCCCCUUUCAAAGGUCUCAGCAUCCUCACGCUACCUCCUGCCGCCACUUCCACCUGGGCCCCCCGCAGCCGCAGCAGCUAGCCCCGGACUUCCCGCUGGCACACCCCGUGCAGUCGCAGCCGGGCCUCAGCGCCCACAUGGCCCCGGCCCACCAGCACAGCGGCGCGCUGCACCAGUCGCUGACCCCGCUGCCCACCCUGCAGUUCCAGGACGUCACAGGUCCCUCCUUCCUACCUCAGGCCCUGCACCAGCAAUACCUGCUGCAGCAGCAGCUCCUGGAAGCUCAGCACCGCAGGCUCGUCUCGCAUCCCAGGCGGAGUCAGGAUCGAGUGUCCGUCCACCCCCACCGCCUCCACCCCAGCUUUGACUUUGGCCACCAACUGCAGACCCCUCAGCCCCGGUAUCUGGCUGAGGGCACUGACUGGGAUCUCAGUGUGGACGCUGGCUUGAGUCCUGCCCAGUUCCAGGUGCGGCCCAUCCCUCAGCACUAUCAGCAUUACCUAGCCACUCCUCGAAUGCACCACUUCCCCAGAAACUCUUCCUCCACACAGAUGGUUGUCCAUGAAAUUCGAAACUACCCUUACCCACAGCUUCACUUCCUCGCGCUCCAGGGACUAAAUCCUAGUCGGCACACCUCUGCUGUUCGGGAGAGUUACGAGGAGCUGCUGCAGCUCGAGGACAGGUUGGGAAACGUGACCCGAGGAGCUGUACAGAACACCAUCGAGAGGUUCACCUUCCCCCACAAGUACAAGAAGCGAAGACCCCAGGACAGCAAGGGCAAGAAAGACGAAGGGGAGGAGUCAGACACAGAUGAGAAAUGCACGAUCUGUCUGUCUAUGUUGGAGGAUGGAGAAGACGUGAGACGCCUGCCUUGUAUGCAUCUCUUCCACCAACUGUGUGUGGACCAGUGGCUCGCCAUGAGCAAGAAAUGCCCCAUCUGCCGAGUGGACAUUGAGACACAACUGGGAGCCGAUAGCUGAGGGAGGAAGCUAGCCAGUGGACGCCCCGUUUCCUUCACCAGGCCCCGCCCCCUCGCCCCCCCACGGCCAUAGCCCUUGCAGCCAAACUUUGCCUUCUGAGCCAUUUGACGUAGAGAAGAAGCCUGCAAGCACAUUUGGUGGAAAGAGGAGUUGGUAUCAGUGUCUGAGGGAGAGGAAGGGGUGGGAGGGACCCACCCGAGGGACCCACCCAUUCCCACCCAUUCCCACCCAUCCAGAAUGGUGACUGCCUCAUCGCCUUGCUGCGCAGGGGGAGGGAGCUGGCCGUGCCCAGAGCAGGGGCGGGAAGCGGGGGCCCAGCUGCUGAGAACUAGGUGUGAUCUCGAGGGUACUAGCUGGUGACCGGCCCCUCAAUCCUGUCCUUUGAAGGAUUGUGUAUAUACCUCUUGACCACGUAGAAACCAUGUAGGGGUCUCUAGCUAUUCUGUGGAUGGCAGCCAGAGCAUGUUAGCUUAAGAAAAAUGUCGUGUGUGGUGCUCUCGUCAUCUGUGGUGGACAUGUCGCUAUUACUGAACUUGCACCAAAUAUUUCUCAUUGAGUUUCUUGUUUUGGUGCCUGACCGAACCAACCAACCAACGACAGCCCCAAUCUUCCCGUCUUUAUGAGCAAAAAGGAAAAAAAAAGGAAUCAAAGGUUAAAAAAAAAAGAAAGAAAGAAAACGAAAAAAAAGCCAAAUCCUGUUUACGGUGAAAAAGGAUAAAAAUUUUUCACCCAGAUUGGGAGGCGGGAGGGGGGGUUCUCGUUUGUUGUUUUUUUUGUUUUUUUCCUUGGGCUUUGUUUUUCUCAUGUUUACAGUGCACGGAGUGUGGGAGGGGCAUCUGAGAAGGGGGUAGGGCUUAAAAGGAACAGCUGGGGUCUCUCUGGGUUUCUAAGGCUUUGGGGGAAGGUGAGGAGGGCAGAACCCUCACCCAUGAAGGGGGCCCAUAUAAAGGUGAGCUCCCCAGGCCUGGGGCCCAUUUGCUUGGCCCCAGCUGUCUUCCUAGGUUCCACACUGAACCAGGGAAGACACGGCCUCCAGCCACAGUGGCCCCUAUGUUCCUGGGAGCCAGCGGCCCCCUGCGCACUCCAGUUCCUAACUUUAUCCUGAGCUCUCAUCUUGCCACAAAGAGGCAAUGUAGCCACUGCCUCCCUAUGCAAACAAUUAACCAGAUGAUGCAGAUGAAAUAGCACUGGCAGUGUACACUUGGCCUUGGCCAAAGUGCUCUCCGCUGGCACUCAGGGCUGAAGUCCAAGUCCCUAAAUUUGGGAGUAACUUGAGCAUCCUCCAGGAUCCUGUCUGAUCAGUCCCUCAGAGAUGGCCCUUGUAUGAGACCACCUGACUGGGCUGGGCUGGGAGGCCCGUGUCCCUAGCCCUUUGAUCGUCUGAUCUGAGAAUUAGCGCUAUCCAGCCCAUUGUGUGCGCUCUGCUCUCUCGUGGGGGUCUCGGAGGGUUUAGUGAUGGGCGUGGACAAGGGGGAUGGGAGGAUCUAGUGGUGCCACAUGACAGUGUGCUCUCUGUACCGUUCCAUGAUUUUUCAGAGAGAUGAAAGGACUAUUGGAAGUGAGAACCAUUCUGCUAAUUCUAACCCAAGUGUAGCUCUUAAUCACGUGUAAAAAAUGCCAGGACACCUGGCAUGCUGUGACCUUCCUUUGCCCCCGGCCCUUCUUCUCGUCCCUCAUUCCAUUGCUCUCAGAAUCCAGCCGGACCUCAACCGCUAGCCUGUCUCAGUGCUCUUGUAUCAAGGAACUAGGGUGCUGGCGGGAUAAAGGAAGAAGUUCCAUGAGGAUGGAUGAACCAGGAUCAAAACUGACAGGGGACUGUUGGACUCGAGAGAGGUCCUUCUAGCGCAGCUGACACCAUCAUGAAGGAAUGGCUGCCUAUCCACUAUCCAGAUGAAGGCUACACCCAUCUCCUGAUGUCUCCUAAAAUCUCUGUCGAGUGCCUACAGGGGCAGGUGUUGAUGAAGACGAUCGGUAAGGCAAUGUCUUUGCCUGGUGGAGUUAGGAGAGGAUGGGGAUCCGCGUGCAUCCAACAGCGCUUACGGUGGACAGUCAGAGAGUGAAGACCAGGACAGUGAAGAGCGUGGCCUUUUCCAACUUCGGUUGCAUGAACAAUGUCUCCAACACCAGGGCUGGAUACCCACCAGGUGGGGAAAGAAUGUUUGAGUCAGGAUGUCAGGGAGCUGCUGAGCAAAAGCCACCAGGACUUGUGAAUUCUUUCUUGCUCCUCCCCAAGGCCCUGUCAAAACCAAGAUUUCAUCAGAAGAUGACGGUAGCUCAGAGGUAACUGGGGUGAUCCUGGCAGGUCCUUGCUUCCUGAGGCCACUCACUCUCUGUUCCUUGCUGAGACCAUCCUGCAAGACUGGCAGGGAAAGAGAAUUGGCAGAGACCCAGGGGGGAUGGAACUAGUGUCCCUGAUUCUAGUCCCGGCUCCUCACAGGCAAACUGAGAGAUUGCUGGAACCUCCACCCACACCCCUUGCCCUGCUGGGCCUCGGCAUCCUCAGCUGCGACACAAGGAGGUUGGAUUGGAUGCUCACUAAAUUCUACCAUUACACACAUUCUGUGAUUCUUUCUAAUUCAAUAUAUCCUUCAAGUAGAGCUCUGUGCUGCCCAUGCUGCUGAGAGGCCUUUUAUGCCCCCACAGAUCUGCUUCAGAGGCUGAGGCACGCAGGCUGAGAGGGUAGAAUGGUUUCUCCUUGCUCCCCUUUAUGCAGGCUCUUUGAAAGCCCCAGGCUAACAUUAGGACCUGGGGAGGGGAGGGGUUGUUCUUGCUGCCCCUUCCCCUUCCCACCUACCUACCUGGGGUCCCUGUGUCCUGAUGGUAGGGGCUGGAGUAGCACUUAGAACCCACCCAGUUCCCGUUUUGGGACUGCUGAUUGGUUGGAGGAAAGCCGGUGUCUCUGUUCCGGGUCCCCAGACUGGCCAUUGAGCCAGAGGUGAGGCAGGGCCAGGCCUCAGCAUCUCACAUCUACCAUCUCCAGGAGAGAGACCUAAGUACUUCUCCUGCUCAACUCAAGGGACUCAGACCCUUUUCUGACUGAGACGCAUGAGUGCCUUUGACAGCGGCCCCAGGUUCAAGUUGGGCCUCCUAACCGCAGCCAUGGCUCAGCAGGUCCACCUAGGACACCAAUCAACCCAACGCCACGUAUCCAGCUGGGCACAGGCAGAGGGCGGCAGGGGCUGCACGUUCCGUUCCUCCACCUGGCCAGGCCCCCAGGUCCCCCGUGUCAUUUUCGCCACCACCUGUGACAGGCCUCAAGUUCCCCUCUGCGAAGGCCCCCAGCCUCCGUGCAAGCAUCUUAACUCUUUACGCCUAACGAACAAGCACAGUUUUUUCAAUGGUGAAGAAAAAGCACCAGACUAUUUUUUUUCUUGAAGAAAUCCCCCAAGCCGCCCUGCCUGCGGGACAAACAUUCCCCAUGUGGGGCUGUAGCAACGUCUGUCAGGUCCCCUUGUGUUUCAUCUCCCGCGCGCGUGUAGAGCAAAUGCUAGAGCGAUUUCAGCUGAUAGAAAAACAAAAAAAGAAAAAAAAAACACAAAAAAUAAAAAACAUGGCACGUUGCUAGUUUACAGGGUUUUGUGAGUUUCAAUGCCUUAUAUUUAACAAUCAUAAUUUAUGACUAACUUGUAGAUAUCGUGGGUUCUUAUUUAAUUAUUUUUAUAGUUGUUUUGCAUUUUUAAUUAUAAUUUAUUUAUUUAGAAAGGAUACUAAUGUUUUUUAUUGCUCCUAUUACCUCAUUUUGGCGUCGUUUCUGGGAGUGGAAUGCUUUGCAUGCAUUGGUACGAUGACAACUGCGAAAACAAACAAACAAACAACCCAUUUUAAAUAAAAGUCUGCGAACUUUAUUUCGUCCAAACUAUCAGGGUGUGUGAUUGCAAGCUGUCCUACUGUGGUGCUGGCCUCUUUGGAUACAUUCCAUACGAAAUGCAAACCUUUGAUUCUGUAUGCUGUGAUCUAGUGAAAAGCUCCAACAUAGUGACUGUAUUUAGCACAUAUAUAAAUAUAAUUUGCACUCGUCAGCAGGCUGGGGUAAUCCUUUCACUUGGCACCCUUGGCCCCUCCCCCAGCCCUCUUUCCCACCUCAAGCCUGCUUCCCUUGUUCCCUCCCCCUUCCUACCUCCUCAAGCCCACUCAUGCUCCCUCCCCUGAGGACUGUGUCAGGGCACAGGGGGUCACUGGCUAUUCCUGGGCUCCCACUCACUAAAGUUCCAGAAUUGGGGUCCUUCAGUCACAGCGGGCGUGGUCCUCUGAAAGACAAAAAGCCUGUUUUAUUAAGUGGGAGGCCAGAAGGCUUUGGCUUUUACACCAGUUCCACAGCAGGCGCCCUGGGAUGGAGAGCAAGUUCCGGGUUUCCCUGAGUCAGCUUUUUGUUCUUAGAGAGGGGGGCAAGAUGGGUCCCCCCAAUUCAGAAAGAAUAUGGCCACAGUCCCAGGUGAGACCGCAAGGAUGGGUCUCAUUCUCUUGGGAGAAACGGAAGAUGGAAGGAUGGAGGGAAGGCACGGAGAGAAAUGGAGACCAGAGGGAGUCAGUUAAGAAUUACCUUAGAGAGCUAGUCAAAGCAGCCACCCGCAGGGUCCUCUUAAAUACUGUAUCCUGCAGGUGGCAAGGAGGCCAACUAGGUAGCUGCGUCCUUGGGUAUGAAACGUGGACUUUCUCAGGGCUAGGUCAUUACCAGAUUGAGGGAGAUCCAUGUCCUAUUGCCAGAGGGAAUGAGCUGGGACACUAGCGCUCCCAGACUAGGGUGUUUGGGAUCCGCACCCUCCACCACCACCAGUCUUGUCUGGAACCUUCGCGGUUGUGCCAUCCCUUUUUGGCCAGCACUGGGAUAUAGAAUUGUGUCAUGCCUUCUCCCCACCACGGCUUCUUGCCUGUGUUCCACGGAGGCUGCAGAUACGAGGGCCUGCUGUGGAGUUAAGAGGGUUCUGGCUCCAGCCUCGCAAGUCUGUGUAAGAGUUGAUGGUGAGGAGGCCUCGAGGAAGCUAGGAAGCGGCCCUGGAUUAAACCUGUGAGUGGGCGGGCACCCUGGCAUGCCGACCCUCCCCUCUCCCUCUUCUCCUCACUCACCCCUCCCCUUUCUUGGCUCUUGACAUCACUGCCUUUGCCUGGUGGGUAGCUCCACCCUCCACAGGAGGCCCCGUGGGUUUGGAUAGCUAUGGCACGGAGGCGGAAGUAAAGGCCUGGGGUUGCCACACCACCUCUCUGUGUGGCUAGACCAAAUGUGGUCCUUCGGCCCCACCCCUGUGAUGGGGCUUCUUGCUUGCUACUGCCUUGCUUCUCCUCUGCCAACACCUGGGAGCCUUGCUUUCCUUGGAGAUGGCCUGUGGAGUCACCCACCACGCUGGUGGAGCACAAUCACCACACACUGCCAGGCCUGGCAGACACUGCCCCCUUCAGGGCUCUGCAUGGGCGUGCUAUGCUGUUGUGUGGGGCCAGAGGAAGACAGGCCCUAUGCUCUGGCUGGCUAUGACCCAUCCUUGAGCCCCCCACACACACUCUGGGAUGCGGUCCCCCCCCCCAGCUGUGGAGAGGGCCACGCCAGGCUCUCCGAGGGGUCAUUUGCUGCCCCUGGUAGGUGAAAGGAUUACCCCCGGUGUUGAUUGUCCUUCUUUUGUAAUCCUCCUGCUGUUCUCUUCUGUUGUGCUGUGCAACCUUUUGCUACAUAGACUAUUUUAUAGCAGAAAGCUAGAAAAAUAUUUAUUAUGACUAUUAAAGCAAUAGUGCAUCAACGAGCAGGCGGAGACAUUAGGAAUUGUGUAAACGCUUAGAUUCACUUUGGGUGGAUUCUUUUGUACUUUAUUUACAAUGAAUAAAAAUGAACUGCAUUGCUAACUACA